AUGGCAGCGGCAGGAGGAGAUACGGAAGCCCAAGAUUUAAACUUUCUCCUCAAACUACUAGGAGAAAGAGGAGAAGAUGGCCAGGCUUUAAAGGAGCACACCGAACAUGUUUCCAUCUUCAUUUUUAAGCAUCUGUCAGAGAUUAUCAACCACAGAUUUAACACUAACAUCACUUUUCGACAUUAUGGCAGCACAGCAGAAGAUUUAAAGUGUCCGCAAACCAGAGAUAUAGGGGAUGAAGAUAUUGUGAUAUUUCCCAAUUCGGAUAAUUUAAUUAUCCAUGGCGACCUCAUUGAAUACAUACCCGAACACCCAAUGCACAUCAGAAUCAAGGGAGUAAACCACCCCAUUUUAAAAUCCUGUCUAGUAGAGGGUACAGACUUCUUAGCCACAGCGGCCUUAAAGAACUUUCAUUCUGCAAUUUAUGGCAGUUUCCCACCUCAUUUGGUGGACUUCUUCACUCGGACACUUGAAGUGAUGUCUCGAGAAGAAAUUUUCAAUGGCAUUUAUGAAUGGAAGAAUAGUCCAACAAGUCCAGCUUUAACGGUUAAUUACGCCCAUUCCAACGGUUCUAACACCGAACAGAUUAACAAACAAAAAGAUCCAAGAUAUUUGGCCAAUUUGGAUGUAUCUGAAUGGGAAUGGAUGGCACAUGACCUUUGCACAGCCAGAGGAAUUGAGUAUACCAAAGAACACGCCCAAGUUAUAACCGAUGUAUUCCAGUAUGUCAAUGAGGCACAAAUAUCAUUGAAAAAAACUGGUUUGUUUGGUUCUCCUCGAAGUUUUCCCAUAAUCGCGCAAGAACUUUUAAUGAGCGACCGAUUUGAAACCCUGAAAACCCGAUAUCGUGAUAUUGACAGAAGAACACAGAACGAAAGCAGAAAAACAAAAUACUUUCCAGCAGUAGGCGAGAGAAUGAAUUCCGAAGAGAGUGUUGAGCCAGAAAGAUUUUCUAACGACACCAGCGAAAUGAAAGUUAUAGAAGGCUUGGAAGGGAUCUUGCCACUCAGUACAAAUGAAUCAUGCGUCACACCUAGCAUUACUGGCGACAACCAGAGUCCGAAUGCUGAGAAUCUUUAUUCCUUUCCAGGUGGGUCAUCAGUAAAGAAUUUUCGGGAAAGGGAUGGUUAUUUCUCAGAGGAAGGAGGCGAGAACGAAAGAAAUUGCGAGGAAACUACCUCACACAGUCGAGAAAAAGAGAAUCAAGAACGGAUGCCACAAUCACAGCCAUGGACAAUGCAGAAACAGACAAUCAGUAAGAUGGAAGAUGGAAAUAAAGACACUCAAGAUGAAGAAUUCGAGAAAAGGGUGUAUGACCGUUGGUUCAAGCACCUGUUCGAGACAGUAAACGAACCAAAAACCAAAGCUUGCACGAAACCUGAAACUAAAUUCGAAAACACGGAAAAAGCACAAAGCCAUGAUAUCGUCGGAGGAUUUGAUUUUGUCCCUGCUUUAAGAUGUCGAGGUUGGCCGAAGAUUGCACAAGAUUGGAUUAAACAAGUGCGUAAGUGGCCUUCGCCUCAAAUUGUUGAUAGGAUUGUUCAAGAAGGAUUCCACUUGGUGGUAAAGCCGCCCAAAGUUGGUGGCCAUCCCAAAUACGACUUCAGAUUAUCAUUUUCACACGCAGAAUACCUACUAAGUCAAGAGAUGAACAGUGUACAGCGAGACUGCUACCGUUGCAUGAAGAAAUUUCAUCGAGCCUAUCUUUCUACUGCUCCAGAGGGUUUGGUCACUUUUCACCUGAAAAACCUACUUCUGAAAACACUUGAGGAAACUGAUCCCGGAAUGUGGACUGAAAGCAACAGAGUGUUUUGCUUUAUGAAACUGUUUGAAAACCUUUUACAAGCCCUUUUAAAGAAAAAUUUGCCACACUUCUUUGUGAGAUCAUACAAUCUGUUUGGCGAAGAUUAUAUUGAAAACCCGGAGACCCUGGAAUCCUUGACCGAAAGAGUUGAACGUAUUCUGGAACGGCCUGUGCGAUUUACAAGAGAGUUGCUUCAUCAUCAAGAAGAAGAACAGAAAGGUAAUAUAAAAAAGAAAUGCAUUCCAAGUAACAAAUCAGUUGCAUCUGCAAAUCCUGUUACAGAAGUAAAACAACGAAAAAAAAAGGACAGUCUACCAAAACAAACGAAGGUGAUGACCAGUCAAAGCAGCACUGGUAAAAGCUCAAGUCUCCGCUACCACGACAUGAAAGAAAUGUUCGUAGCAACUAGCAAUGAGUUGCUCGAUAUGGCUUUUAACAAAGCUGCUGAAACUGGCAGUUUAGAAGCCCUCGAUCCUCUAGAAAGGGCCCUAGUGAAAGAUCUCAGAGAGAUUAAUAAGAAACAUGGAAUCCCUGCGGUUGUUUUUCCCAUGAUGUUUGAAGGUGAAUGCUGGGACAUGGCGUAUUACAGGGUUUGGAUCAACACUGACUCGAGAAUGAGGCAUCGUAUGCUGGAUGGUAUCAAGAGCGUUAUUGAGAUGUGGAAGUACAUUUUACAACAAGACGACUUUGGGACCGGAAAUGAGGAGGCGAUAUUCAGACAAAUGGUUGAUCCAUCUUCUGCAAACCCUUUCGACUUGAGCCAUGUUCUGCAGCCAGCUGGUGCAGGGACGCAGUAUCUUACCAGGAUCGUCAACAACGUGAAGCCGAGGCCCUAUCAUCGGCCACAAGAUACAGAUGAUAUUCCUUUAGACUGA